GUUGUGCCCUGCCUGCUUCUCCCUGUGAAAAGAACCCAAGCAGUCAAACAAAUGUUCUAAAUUCACUUGAGUCAAUGAUGCAUAUAUAAUUUUGGACAUGUGUUGCUUUUCACAGAACUUGAUUUCUUUGCCUCUCAGAUCUUCAAGUCAAUGAGUCCCGUCAUUUAUAACUGUCUGGGUCGUGGACUUCUUUUGAACGUUUGCUAAAAACAUCGGCUCUUCCUCAGGAACAGGCACUGACCCACAUGAAAGCAAUUUUGCACACAAUUUCCUGGAGCACCUGGUCUCCUAAAGUACCCCCUGGACUCCUAGAGUCCAAAACACUGAGGGGGAAAAAAAGCCCAAAAGGCUAAGGUGACUCAGCUGUCAGUUAAUUACACUCUUGAACUCCAAUCUCCCAACCCUGUGGCCAUUCCAGGAGAGACAAACGGAGGGCUGCUUUGCCUGGUGCAAAGCCUAAUUCUGCUGCCUACUGGCUGUGCAGUGUGCAAGUUACAUCAUGCCUCAGUGACUUGGCUUCUUUAUCUGAAGACGGGAUGACGAAAAUGAAAAUAGAAACUCCCUCACUUGCCUAUCACCUCGUUAGUGUGACAGUCGUGUUUGCUCUAAUUAUUUACAACAAAGAGACACUCAGGGAGACAGGAAGCUCUCGUCAGUCACAGAGCUGCCAAGUGAUGUGGCCCAAAGCCUGCAGUCUCAGGACACUUCCUCCAGGACCCUGUUUUCAAAGUCAUCACCAACUACAAUUAGAGUAAGGCGCAGGAAGUCCAGGAGCUGCUCUCAGGGAGCAGCAUUCCAGUUUAACACUGCAAGCCAUCUCUUUGCUGCAGAGGCAAGACCAGCGACAAGAGCAGGAGAGAGGGGGAGGUCAGUGUGUCGUGGAAGGGCAUGGAGAGACCCAGUUUUGUUUCUGCAAGAACUGAAACUCAACAAGAGGACUCCGGAGACCAGAACAUGGAGGGAGCCUCCCAAGUGUGCAAGAACUGCAAAAGAAGUGUGGCCUCUGCCCACUUGGCCCUCCAUGAGGCCCACUGCCUGCUGUCCCUGGUCCUCUGUCCAGAGUGCAAGGAGCCCGUCUCACCGGAGAAGAUGGACGAGCACCGCGAGAACAGGCACCAGCAGGUCGGGUGUGCGAUGUGCCAACAGAGCGUGCAGAAGCACUUGCUGGAGUUGCACGAGGGCUGCAGUGGCCGCAGGCCAGAGACCACGCCCAUCCUGCCUGCCUCCCUGCAGAUGAAGGAAUGGCUGGAGCGCCCUGUUGAGUGUAAGUUCUGUGAGGCAGCCGUGCGCUUCAGCAAGCUGGACAUCCACGAGCACAACUGUGGCACCCGGACAGAGCUCUGCCCAGACUGCGGCCAGCUCAUCAUGCUCCGACUGCGGGCCCAGCACAAAGAUGUGUGUCGGAAUGAGCAGGCCCAGCUCGGGAGAGGGGAGAAAAUUUCAGCUGCUGACGUCAGUAUCUACUGUCUUUACUGCAAACAAAUGAUCCCAGGAAAUGAGUAUUUACAGCAUACGUAUAAAUGUCGUAUAGUCUCAGAAUCUACAAAGUAUUUUCCAACUGGAGAGCCAGGAAUUUCUUCUCCAUCCCUUCCAAGUCAGACUGCUAAAGAUCAAACUUCCACAGCAGAAAAAGAUGUCCGUCCAAAGAUGAAAAAUACAAACAGAUUCCGUCGUCUUUAUGAAAAUUCGACAAAGCAAGCACCAAGUGGCACAAACGAAACCAUGGAUCUGCCUCUGAAGUCUGAGCACAAGCCCCGGCUCACCUCUUCUGUAGAAGAUGAGACAGCCUAUGACAUCCUGAAGAGAUGUUCUCAAUGUGGUAUCCUACUUCCCCUGCCGACCCUAAACCAGCAUCAGGAGAAAUGUUGGUGGUUAGCUUCAUUGAAAGAAAAACAAGUGAGAAAACUCCAGCUAGAAAAGAAAAGCAGUGUUGGUUUACGCAAGAGCCACAGAUAAGCCAAGAAAAAAAAAAAGCCGCCUCCAGCUCUUCUGCCUGAGAAUUCUGAUGAAGCAUCUGGGCCCUUCAGCCCCGACAGCUGGGGGACCCCAGCUUUGUCCACUUUACAUUCCCACCAGCACUGUACGGAGAUUGAGUUUUCCCACAGUCCCUGGCCAGCAUUUGGUGUUGUCAUUAUAAUUUUUUCUACGUUUAGCUAUUCUAAUAGGUCUGUAGUCAUAUGUUAUUGUGGUUUCAAAUUGCAUUUUCCUAAUGUCUAACGAUGUUGAACAUCUUUUGAUUUUCUUAUUUGCCAUAUGAAAUGUCUGAUUGUUUUCUUUUACUGUGGAGUUUUGAGGUAUACACAUAGUCCCUGAAGAAUAAAAACACACUCCCUGA